AAUCAUAACAGAGCCCAACAAAAACUCUAGCCUCAAACGCACCUUUCAGAAAAUUUCAGACACAGAGAAAGAAAAGGAGAAAGACGGUGGAUUUGUUUAACCCCAGCAACUUGUUGAAAUGGCGUCCAAGUUGUGUGACUCAUGCAAAUCAGCGACGGCCACUCUGUUCUGCCGUCCUGACUCGGCUUUCCUUUGCCCCAACUGCGACUCCAAAAUCCAUGCCGCCAACAAGCUAGCCUCCCGUCACGCUCGGGUCUUGGUCUGUGAAGUUUGCGAACAAGCACCGGCUCACGUCACCUGCAAGGCUGACGCAGCCGCUCUUUGCGUCACUUGUGACCGAGACAUCCACUCCGCUAACCCUCUCGCUCGCCGGCACGAGCGGGUUCCUUUGGCUCCCUUUUACGAUUCCGUCAAGCCCAACACAGCGUUUAACUUCCUGGACGACCGUUACUUCUCCGACGUCGAUGGAGACGCUGACAGCAGCAGGGAAGAAGCGGAGGCAGCGUCGUGGUUGCUUCCUAACCCUAACCACAAAGCACAUGAAAGCCCGGACGUGAACACAGGGCAGUACGUGUUUCCCGAGAUGGAUCCGUACCUAGAUCUGGAUUACGGUCAUGUGGAUCCGAAAAUGGAAACCCCGGACCAGGACCAGAACAGUUCUGGAACUGAUGGAGUGGUCCCUGUCCAAAGCAACACCGUCCAAGUUCCGAUGAUCAACGAUCACUGUUUCGACAUGGAGUUCACUACACCAAAAGCCUUCCCUUAUGGCUACAACUACAACUGUAACUACAACUCUCACUGUCUUAGUCACAGUGUAUCAUCUUCUUCUCUGGAUGUUGGGGUAGUUCCAGAUGGCGGUAGUACGAUUACGGAUGUAUCAGUCCCGUGCGCGAAAGUGACGGAGACGACUUAUCAGACUGUGCAACUCUCGUUGGCGGAGAGAGAAGCGAGGGUGCUGAGGUACAGAGAGAAGAGAAAGAACAGAAAAUUCGAGAAAACGAUACGUUACGCUUCUAGGAAAGCUUACGCGGAGGUGCGGCCGAGGAUUAAAGGAAGAUUUGCAAAGCGCAGUGACGUUGAAGUCGAAGUCAACGGCGGUAACAUGUAUGGAUUUGGCGUCGUUCCGUCGUUUUGAAAUUAACUAAGGUAGCCAUGUAGUAAUAUUCUACGUUAAAUUUUGGAAUUGUAAUUUUCCAAGUGUUUUUUUUUCUUCUUUUCUUUCUUUUUUACUUCAUUGCUCACUAAAUUAAUAGGUAAAGAAGAUGAAGGUAGUGUGAUUUGUAUAAUCCAAAUAACUAUCGAAUCUGGACCAUUGAUUUUGUACAA